AGUGCAAAUCCAAAACAUCGAACGCAUCCAUUUUGAAAGAUGGAUGUGGCUCGCACCGCCCCUCCCUCCAGUCACUUCGCCUCAGGAAAGGUUCUUCCACAGCUGACUGUUAGGAGCCUUGUUUUCAGAAUGAGUUGCCUCAAAGAGCAAAACCAAAGAAGUUUGGACAAUGGAUCCGAAACCUCCGCUGUCUAUUCCUCUGAGAACUAUGUUCGCCACCUAAGAACAUUGGACGUCAACAUUGAUUCAGGCGAUCACACUGACUUCAGUGUGCCAGGAGUGAUGCCCCAUGGUUCAGGUGGAGAGUGGUCAGGGUACAGCAGAGAAGCUGGGUCCAGCAGGAUGGACCACCACUGUACGAACUACAGAUUCUACCCACCUCCACAUGAUGCUGAGCCCUCACUCCCUCAAUACCAAUUUGCUACUCAUGGAGAUUUUGUGCUCCCCCAGUCUAGCCCGUUCCAUUUAAUGAACCCCAGUUUAGCUAAUAACAGUCAUCUCAGUUCACUUGGUGGCCAGUGGUCAUCUGAGGGCCCAGUCCACAGCAAUAUGUUGUCAGGUGAAAUUUAUGAUGCUGUGGCGAGCAUUUGCCCAGACAGCAAGGAUGACCACGGACCAGAGUCCUAUCGCAAACAGGAGACUAUGGCCGAGCUAAUGCCUCAGAAUCAAAUGGACAGCAGUCAGUCUGCCAACGGGCCGCUCACUGUGUAUCUACAGCACCUAGACCACCAGCUUGGGGAGAAUGCCACUGUUGUGUGCAACAUGAGUGGCCGAGGGCAGAUGGUGGUAAUGAACCAUUGUAGCCCAGGUCAGAUGCUCCACUCCCUGCCUCCUGGCCACCCUGACUCCAGUCCAGAGACCCACUACUACACCACAUCCUCUAAGGAAAACUCAGAGCAGAGCUACUCAAUGGGAAAAGCUUCUCAGUCCUACCUGCCCUCUAUUAGCCUGCCUCCCAUUGGGCCCAACCACAGCCUCCUUUCCCCCAACCAUCUGGUCUUCUCUGGUCCUCCUAGCUCUGGAUACAGCUACAACCACAUGCCUGCACCCUACUUUUCACAGUACCACCAGUAUCCUGAGUAUCCUGACCUAUGUCUGGUCCCUGAUGGUCAGUCCACGGCAAGCAGUGUCUUACGUCUCAAUGGAUCUCUAUGGGACUCCAAAUCCAAGAAGCCCUGCAACUGCACUAAAUCUCAGUGUCUCAAACUUUACUGUGACUGCUUCGCUAACGGCGACGUCUGCAGCAACUGCAACUGCAUCAACUGCUGCAACAACAAUGAGCACGAGUCAGAGAGAUACAAGGCCAUCAAGAUUUGUCUGGACAGAAAUCCCGAGGCGUUCAGACCAAAGAUUGGAAACGGGAAACUGGGAGAGAUCAAAGGACGCCACAACAAGGGCUGCAACUGCAAACGCUCAGGCUGUCUGAAGAACUACUGCGAGUGCUAUGAGGCCAAGAUAAUGUGCUCAUCCACCUGUAAGUGUGUGGGCUGCAGAAACUAUGAGGACAGUCCAGAGAGGAAGACCAUGGUGUGGGACAGCCCUGACACCACCUUCUACAAGAAGGCCAAAUGUGACAAGGACAAGUGUCCUCUGUCAUGCAUCACGCUCGAUGUCGUGGAAGCCACAUGCGGCUGUCUUCUGGCGCAAGCAGAGGAGGCUGAGAAGGAAGGCUACAUGCUGUGUCAAGCUGAGAAAAUGAUUUUGGAUGAGUUCGGCCAGUGUUUGACGCAGAUUGUUCGGUCAAUAUUUAAAUCUACUAGCUCGUAGAUAGAAUCUCAUGUAGGACAAGUUGAUUAACAUUUUGGAUAUGGUCUGUUCUAGACAUGAUGACAUUUAAACUGCCAUUUUUUAUCAACAUGUUUAUUAACAAGAUGUUGUGAAUUGUGUAUGCGUAUGUAUUUAUUUGUUACAUAAUUGAUUUAUGCAUGUAUUUAUGCAUUAAUUUAUUUAACUUAUUCACUCACUUUAGUUUAAGUCUCAGAAUGGAGGACAGUUCCAUCAGCUUUGGGUCAUAUGUCAUUGGUUUGAAAUAUGAAUUUAAAAAAUAGUUCUUGUGAACAAUUCUUUCCAUUUCUUUCAUCCUUUCUUUUUAAGCUGCAGAAAGAACAUUUCAUUUUAUGCAAAUGUCCCUGUUUAGUCUCUGUUAAAAUACAACAUCCAAAUGUACUGAUGAGCAUUCUGUGAAAAUAAUAAAAUAUUAAAUUCC